CUCUACGCAGACGACACCAUUCUAUAUACUUUCGGCCCGUCAUUGGACACUGCUAUCUAACCUCCAAACGAGCUUCAAUGCCAUACAGCACUCCUUCCGUGGCCUCCAACUGCUCUUAAACGCGAGUAAAACCAAAUGCAUGCUUUUCAACCGAUCGCUGCCUGCACCCGCAUGCCCGACUAGCAUCACCACCCUGGAUGGUUCCGACCUUGAAUAUGUGGACAUCUAUAAGUACCUAGGUGUCUGGCUAGACUGCAAACUCUCCUUCCAGACUCACAUCAAACAUCUCCAAUCGAAAAUCAAAUCAAGAGUCGGCUUUCUAUUCCGCAACAAAGCCUCCUUCACUCACGCUGCCAAGCUUACCCUAGUAAAACUGACUAUCCUCGACUUCGGCGAUGUCAUCUACAAAAUGGCUUCCAACACUCUACUCAGCAAACUGGAUGCAGUCUAUCACAGUGCCAUCCGUUUUGUCACUAAAGCACCUUAUACCACCCACCACUGCGACUUGUAUGCUCUAGUCGGCUGGCCCUCACUACAUAUUCGUCGCCAGACCCACUGGCUCCAGGUCAUCUACAAGUCCAUGCUAGGUAAAGCUCCGCCUUAUCUCAGUUCACUGGUCACGAUGGCAACACCCAUCCGUAGCACGCGCUCCAGCAGGUGUAUCUCACUGAUCAUCCCUAAAGCCAACACCUCAUUUGGCCGCCUUUCGUUCCAGUACUCUGCUGCCUGUGACUGGAACGAAUUGCAAAAAUCGCUGAAGUUGGAGACUUUUAUCUCCCUCACCAACUUCAAACAUCAGCUAUCCGAGCAGCUAACUGAUCGCUGCAGCUGUACAUAGUCUAUAGGUAAAUAGCUCACCCUUUUUCACCUACCUCAUUCCCAUACUGUUUUUAUACUGUUUUUAUUUAUUUACUUUUCUGCUCUUUUGCACACCAAUAUCUCUACCUGUACAUGCCCAUCUGAUCAUUUAUCACUCCAGUGUUAAUCUGCAAAAUUGUAUUAUUCGCCUACCUCCUCAUGCCUUUUGCACACAUUGUAUAUAGACUGCCCAUUUUUUUCUACUGUGUUAUUGACUUGCUAAUUGUUUACUCCAUGUAUAACUCUGUGUUGUCUGUUCACACUGCUAUGCUUUAUCUUGGCCAGGUCGCAGUUGCAAAUGAGAACUUGUUCUCAACUAGCCUACCUGGUUAA